AUGGCCUACCAACGUCCAUGUAUGUCUGCUGUAGGGAUGCCUUCUGCGGCCCCCCCCCAAAUCCAUUUGAAAAGAGUGCACGAACGGACCAUCAUCCUGCAUCAUCCCUGCCAUAGAGAGCACGCACUCCGCUCGCUCCAUACAUACUCCUGGGCAAUCCACUGGGCUGUGUCGCGACAAACGAAGGUGUGUCCUGCCCGUGCCGCGAAAUCUCCGAUGGGCAAGGGAGGGAAGGCCGCCGCAGCGGCGGCGGCGGCCGCGGCGGCAGCGGCGGAGGAGACGUCCUCGAGGGUGGGACCUAACGUGGUCCACGGAGUGCGCGUGACGCUAGCCUACCUCGUGCUGUACUAUUGCUUCAUUAUUGCGCAAGGGUCCAUGAAGCGGAAGCUGCGCGCGUACAACGCCGCACAUGGCAAGAAGUUCGACCGCUACUUCAGCCGAGAUCGGAAAAUGUUGGGGUGGGAUCGAACAGUGGGUAACAUGCUGGAGCAGAUGGGGCCCUUCCUGUCUCUGUUUUGGUCGAACAUCUGGCUCUCGCCGUACGGAGGACUGCCGCACGCGUACAUCGCAGCUCUAGGGUGGCUGUAUGUCCUGCUUCGAUCCUUUUAUCCGAUGUUGUGGUUUGCCGGAGGAGGGGGGUCGGGGGGCACGUCCCCCACCAUCUGGAGAGUGACGAUGCCCAUGUACGUGAUCAUCCUGGUGUUUGCCGUUAACUCGGCAAUCGUCAUCUACGGUGCAUGACUCGCGAACGAAGAACGGUGUGGGCAACUGCUGUGGUUGAUCGCCGUCAGUGAUACAGCGGGGCUAUGGGGAUGCGCUUGUAACGAAAUGGCGAGAGAGAGGGAUGAGGUUGAUUGCAGGUCUGGCGCCAACUUUGCCGCGGGCAUCAUUGCAUGUAACGACCUUGAUCAACAUCAAACCGCCGAAAAUGGCGCUAAUGGACGGCUUUGCGAUGAAUUUGCCAUGCAUAGCGGAAAGCAGCGAGUGCUAUUCCGGUAGGAGGGUGUUGGCGAGGUCUCCGCGUGCGUCACCCUUCGCUUUUAGCUGCACCGCGAAGAAGCUUGAUACCGGUCAUCUCGCGGGCAACGAAAUGACUGGAAAUGAAACUGAUGGUACCAUGUAUGAUAGGAAUUUGCCCCGCCGCCAACAGAGUGAUCUUUGGCCGUGCAAUGAUGGUGGUCUGAGAGACAAGGAUGUCGAGGGUCGGGACUGAGCGGUAGGCCUCAACCAACCGUUCGCACUGUUGUAACAAUACUGUAGACCUUCAACCGCUUGAACCGGGCAUGUCAUGGAACUAUUACACGUAUUGUACGGAUGGUGCAACAUCAUUGAUUUUGGUGGUGGGGUGCUUGAGGGUUUAAGCUUUUACGAUCGUACGCUGUACAUAGUGUGGGAUAUCGUGUUCCCCCCGCAAUGUCUCAUUAUUGGUGAUCAUUUCCCUACCGUAAGGUUUUUGUUUUACUUUUCUUGUAGUCGGAAGUUGUGGGCGCUGUCGCAUUGCAAGCUAAGUUUCCUUCCGGUAGAAUGGUGGUGUGUUUCUCCGGUCUACACAGCAGUACGCGGAUUCCCCCAUAAGUGGUGUCAGCAAGUAGAGCGCAAGCUACCCGUACAACAGUGAGUGGCAGUAGCAUCCGCAGCCAUUGCAGGCCACGUGACGCACGUUAACGGCCGCGGUGGAGCAGUUUCAACGAACUUCCCUUGUGCAGUCUAAUAGCGACAUCGCUCGUUUCCACCCG